AUGUAUGCGCAACAAUCAACGCAAACGGCCCCUGCCGAAGGAUCUCCCGAAAAGAAACCCGUGGUCAUUCUGUGUAUAGGAAUGGCAGGCUCGGGCAAGACAACCUUCAUGCAACGCCUCAACUCUCAUCUCCACUCAAAAAACACCCCUCCCUAUAUCCUGAAUCUCGAUCCCGCGGUCUCGCAUAUGCCUUACCAAGCAAACAUCGAUAUUAGGGAUACCGUCGACUACAAGGAGGUCAUGAAACAAUACAACUUGGGACCAAACGGAGGUAUCCUGACGGCUCUGAAUCUGUUCACGACCAAAUUCGACCAGGUACUUGGUUUUGUGGAGAAACGUGCUACUACUGUAGACCACAUUCUGGUUGACACCCCUGGCCAGAUCGAAAUCUUCACCUGGUCCGCCUCAGGCGCAAUCAUAACCGAUGCCAUCGCUUCUUCUCUCCCCACAGUUGUCGCCUACAUCAUCGACACCCCUCGUACCGCCUCUCCCGUCACCUUCAUGUCCAAUAUGCUCUACGCCUGCUCCAUCUUGUACAAGACAAAGCUUCCCUUUAUCCUUGUAUUCAACAAGACCGAUGUGCAACCACACGAUUUUGCGCUGGAGUGGAUGGCGGACUUUGAGAAGUACCAGGAGGCACUGAACGACAAGGCUAGAGAUGAGCACGGAGAGGGAAGCUACGUGAAUAGUUUGAUGGGAAGCAUGUGUCUGGUUCUGGAAGAAUUCUACAACAAUCUGAGAGCGGUCGGUGUAAGCGCAAUGACAGGUGAAGGGAUGCGCGACUUUUUCAACGCCGUUGAAGAGGCACGUCAAGAGUACGAGACCGACUACAAACCCGAGCUCGACCGUCUAGCCGCCGAGCGCGCUGCGCAGUCGGAAGCCGACAAAAAGACCCAGCUAGAGCGUCUCAUGAAAGACAUGAACGUCUCUGACAAACCCGCAUCUACUUCCAACCCCUUCGGCCCCUUCCCCAGAAGCGACAGGGAAGAUGCCUACUACGACGAAGACGUCAAAGAGGGCGGAGAGGUCGAGGAUUGGGACGAAGAAGAACAAGAGGCGAUCAGACGGCAGAUGGAAGAAGAGGAGGAAGAUGCGGAUGCAAUGGAGCUGGGUAAAUUGGAUGUAGACGAGCCGGAAAUCGGAGGUCUGGCAGGUGGCGCGAGAGAGGGGGCGGACAGGGGAGUAUCCUGGGAUGCUCCUCAAUGA